CCAUGGCCCUCUUCUUUCUAGAUUGCAUUUCUCCUCGAACAUGAUUCUGGGUCAUUUGCGACCACGUAUAGCGCGACACACAUAUCCUUAACACCAUGGUGACCGAAAGCGCAAAGGCUGUGGGCUACAUUCAGCAACUGGAUGAGGCCCGCUGUGUCGGACGAUGGAAAGACGUGCCCGAGCUGUGCAGGAAAGUCGAAAAGCAUGCACCACACCGCCGAUGCCUCACACUCACUGGUCGCUCUGAAGCGCAGAUAGCCACCUACACCACCCAGCGACCCUUGACCGCAGCCUCGACGGCCUCCUCGGGCCUUUCCCAGACCGCCCCAACCCUGCUCAGCGCGAUUGAAGGAGAGAGUGCUCUGUCACAGGAGGGCUUCCAGGCUACUGUCUGCUUGGGAUGGCUGCACUAUGUCUUGGACGAGCCAGAACUGGCUGUGUCGCGCCUUCCUGACAGCCUCGAUACAGUUGCUGCCAGACUCUCCGGGCAAGCGGGGUCACUCACUGGCUGGUCGAAAGUCUGUGUGGUCAAGGGGACUUUCCUAAAGGGCUCUGCCCAGGAGAAGACAGGCGCUACCGCUGACGCUGUGAAGACAUACACCUCCAUCCUGCCAUGGCUGUCUUCACAAACUGGCGACUCAGCACAGUUCAGAAUGUGGACCGAAUGCCUGCUCGGCCGAUUGUGUCAGCUAUCAGAUCAGAGUGAGGGCAGCAGUGGCCUCAUCGGGUCUUCCGAGGCUCUGCAAAUAUUCCGUGCUUUCGACAAGUUCUCCGAGGGUGCAGGACGAAACACUGGCACAGAUACUGCGGAUUCCGCCAAAUCUCGUCGCCUCGCUUGGAAGUCCUACUACGACACUCUUUCGACCAUCAUUCGUCACGAUCUGCCCUACGAUGCAGGUGCAGCGCAAGCUACAUCUGAGAAGCCCGCAAUACAAAGUCAAACCAGCGUACGGUUGCAACAAAGCGCCGAACUGAAGCGCGUGCAGACAAUAUACGAGAACUUGCUGAUUAAAGAGACCCGCUUCCCCAAGGCCAGUGAAAGCAACCACGAGAUCGACGUUUGGGUAGACUCCGUGAUUGACAACUGGCGCUUGCUUUGUGGCGCAUCGUGGACUGACAGUGAUCUUGGCGAAGGUGGAAAAGAGGGUGUGGGGCGCAGUGUGAUCGAUAUCCUGUAUCGAGCUGCAACCAAGACCUUCCAUUCUACACAGAUCUUGCGGUACCUGUUUAUCGUACACGCGUCCUUGGCCGAGUUCGAGUUGGCAUUCAAGGCUUACGACUCAUACAUCGAGAUCGUGACACGAGGCAAGGACCGAGCGGAACAGGAAGGCAAGACCGACGAAGGCGUCGAUAAUGACAGCACCGUUCUUCGAACAUCAGCGGAAGCAAUUCGAUUGUUGUGCCGAUUUGGGUGUCGCAAAGAGGCCGAGAAGGCUGUCGAGAUCGGGCGCAACCUCGAAAAAUGGCUGAACCACUACGAAGAUACUAAGCCAACUACCGGUGCCAACGAAGUACCAUCGAAAAAGGCACUGGUCGAGCCCACUGCGUUAGCUGUUGCAUAUUGCGCUAUUGGUGUCGAACAAGCACAUUGGGCACAGUUCACUUAUGAGGCAGAUACAAGAGCGGGAAUACAGGCCAAAGCCAUUCAGCUACUGCGCAAGUCUCUUUCGCCGACUCUAGAAGACUCGAGCAACAUCGAUGCGUUGUAUGCUCUGGCUGUUGUACUGGCCGAGACGCGGGACAUAGUUGGAGCGAUCAAGGUCGCCAAGCGUGCUCUUUCUUCAGCUACGAAGACACAGGCUGCCUACAGUACCGAUGGUGUCCUUUCGAGUGGAUCAGCCACUGAAUUUGGCCGCGAGCGAAAAUUGAUUCCGUUGUGGCACCUCCUCGCCCUAUUACUGACAUCGCGUUCCGAGUAUACUGCGGCGGAAAAGGCUUGCGAGGCAGCUUUUGCGCAAUUUGGAGAUCCAACAAUUCUGUUUGGAACGGACACUGGGACGUUCCACAGUGAACACCUGAAGGACGCCAGUGGUCACAAUGUGAGCACAGAUGGUAUUGUGAAUCGUAUGGGCAGUUUCGAGAAGAGUGGUAUACUUCAGAUCAAGAUGACCCAGCUGGCACUCAUUGAAGUUACCGAUGGCGCGCUUGCUGCUGUGGAUGGAUGCGAUGAGCUUCUGGCGCUCUAUGGAAGGCUCUUCGGUUCGCCAGCCAUCGAGAAGGUCAAGUUACAAGUUCCAGCUACAGUAGCGCCACCGAAGAGCAGUGCUGGGACAACGAAAGGAAGCAUCUUCCGUGGGCGUGGCUCCGUCCGGAUACAGAAAGACGCCUCGGCACGCAGCUCCUCAAUCCUGAACCCUGCAGCAGGAUCAGCCCCUGCCAUUCAGGUGACUGAAGAUGGCGCAAAUCCACAUGCAAACGGUCAUCACCACCUCCCUCAUGUAUUUCACCAUCACAAACACGAAGAUGGCCAGCCAGGUGUCGGCCGGAGUUCAAGCAAGCUGAGAAAACGUAGCGCGAGUCUCAGUCAACAAUCUGUGACAGGGAACAGCCAAGCUGCAGAAGUACCACCCUUGCCAGAAAACGCAUCAAAUGGAACACCAGUCCGAACCAACGCUCCUCGACCCUUAUCCGCAGCAAGCUCACCUAGGAAGUCAGUCGAGAGCAGCGAGACACCGCUUCGGCCCAUUGCCCACAAUCUACCCCUCGCCUCACCCCCGCAAGGCCAUGAACAUCAGCCUCCGAGACAAGACACCCGACUUCCAGCUCCGCUGCCCGACGUCAACUAUAUACCUCCGGAUCCUCGCUUUUCCAAGCUUCAAGACCGACGGCAGAAAGUAUCGUUGUUGGUUGAUAUCUGGCUCUUCACCUCCGGCCUCUACGCUAGAGCCCAGGCUUUCGAGGACGCUAGUGAAGCUAUCAUCGAGGCUCUGAAGUUGGUAGAGACCUUCGAGAACGAGCUCACAUUGGAGUUCUCCACAGCCAAGGCGCUUGCCGACAAAGGCUGGGGAGGUGGCAAGAGUGUUGAGGAGCUGUGGGCCGAUGCCUACACCGCACGCGGUGAACUUCUCGUAGCCCAGUCUUUGAAACACGAAGCUCGCACAGACUUCGAGCGCGCACUCCUACAUUUCCCAGAUCACCCGCAAGGCAUCGUGGGCUUGUCCAACAUACUGCUCGACAUUUACAGCCGAGACAUCCCGAUGGAACCCACAAAGUCCACAGAAAUCACACUGCUUUCACCAGCACAUGCACCUACUCCGUCUCAGACAUCAUCGGAGCCAGAGCCGAAGAGACACCACCUCACCUCCCACAUUCCCUCUGCUGAAAACCAGCUCUCGCCGCCUGAGCUCAGCCGUCUCGCUGCUCGUGAUCGUGCAUUCGGGCUGCUCUCUACGCUGACAAAGCUUGGUGCUGGGUGGGAUUACUCAGAAGCAUGGUAUGCGCUUGCGAGGGCGUACGAAGAGAGCGGCCAGAUUGAGAAGGCAAAGGAGGUGCUCUGGUGGUGUGUGGAACUUGAAGAUACACACCCUGUACGAAACUGGAGAAGCGUGGCUUUGGGUGGGUUUGUGUUGUAGUAUGGUAAAGUGAGGGCAAGAUAGGAUCUGUGGUGAAGGACAAGCCCAGGUGCAGUCGAUCAGUAAUCUGACUUGGAUAUCCUAUUGCUGUCACUGUACGAUGAGCAUCUUGAAUACUACUGAAGUACUGAUAUGUUCCCU